AAUGCCUUGAUGGACUCGAGGUAUGUUUACCAACAACAAUAAUUAUAGUUCAAUAGGUACCCAGCAGGAGUGGCUGUUGUGGCCUGCAUCUUGGGAGAAGGUUAGCAGUCGUUUUAGUUAAGGAAGCCCUAAGUUGACCAGUAAAAAUGGCGAAGCAUGCUUGUCAGCUAAACUUUUUGUGUCGGUCAGAUGGCUCUGCACUCUACUCAAUAGGCAACACAGUGGCACUUGCUUCAGUAAAUGGGCCUGGUGAAGUUAAGAUGUUCCAUCGUCAUUACAACAGGUCACAUCUAGAAGUGUGUUAUAGUCCCGCCACAGGCCAAUGCAUGAUAGCAGAGCGAGCCUUGGAGUCGGUGAUCCUACACACAGUUGAACAAGUGAUCCUGCUACACCUCCACCCUAGAACUGCAACUAAUGUCACCAUACAAGAGAUGCAGUCUGAUGGACUGACACUGUCAGCAAGUAUUAAUGCCACCUGCAUGGCCCUGCUUGAUGCUGGAGUACAAAUGAAGUCUACAUUUGCAGCAGUCACCUGUUGUCUCACAUCUGCAGGAACCAUCAUAAUUGAACCUACAGAAGCUGAAAUAAAGGAAAGUGUGGCUGUAGCAACAUUUGUAUUUGACGGUCACGCAUUGAAUGUUUUGUCGGCACAUCAAGAAGGGUGUCUCAAUACAGAAAACUUUAAUGCUUGUCUCAAGAAGUGCCAGACUGCUGCCAAGGAUGUUUUGAAUUUCUACAGACGGAUUAUGGAGGAGAAGUAUAGUAGUGAUAUAAGUUAGAACUAAAAUCUAGUAAUGCUGGAACAGGUUAUUAUAGGCAUACUGUACUGAAAAUUUGUAUUGUUGAAGAUCAGGAAUUUAAAAUAAAUUUUUUAGUUUUACUUUGAGCUGUAUUUCAUUUUGACAUUUAUAGAAAUAAAAUCUUUAAAAAUAAAUAUAAACAUUA